GAGGCGUGUUCACGCACACUACCCAGGCAGGAGGCAUCCUCCCCAUUGUGGUGUGCUGAGUUAUUGCGCUCCGGAGCAGCAGCACCGCCUGAGAGGAUGCGGUGGCAGCUUUAAUAAUACAUCUAUACAAUUUAAAACAGGGGCACGUUUGUGUGGCAGCUUUGUUCGGACGCGCACGUUUUCAUCCGAGCGUGUUUUUUUUUCCUCCAUCUCUUUUCAUGAACGCGCCCCCAUCGUCAACCUGCUGGGGGCCUAAAAGUGCAAGCAGCACCCGGCGUUUAUGAAUGGGAUGCUCGGUUCCCAGGCUGACUGGAUUUAAGGAGCAUCAAUAUUCACUCCGAGGUCUCUAAGAAUCAUCACAUUCAACGUCUGGAAGCUCUCUUCAGCUGACUGCAUCUUUUCAUACCUCUUCGUGCAAAAGAAAAAGAAACACUUCAUCAGCCGCCAUGCCCAUCUUAAAACAGCUAGUGUCUGGCUCCUCCCAGACCAAGCGCCGCUCACGCAUGGACCUGACCAGGGAGAUGAUCAGUGCUCCGCUGGGUGACUUCCGCCACACUAUGCAUGUGGGUCGCAGUGGUGAUGCCUUCGGGGAUACCUCCUUUCUCAGCACCCGCUCGGGAGAACCUCCCCCUGAGACAACGUCCUUCCCCCGCUCCCCCCGACCCGGCCUCCUGUCUCGUACCUUCAGGAGCAGCAAACGCUCCCAGUCUGUGACCAGAGUUGAUCAUCAGAGCGACAACGCCCUGGCACUCCCUGGUGGGUCACCGACCUACGUGAAGAAUGCCAUGUCUCUGCCCUUUCUCAACGAUGAAGCCCGAGGCGAUAUCAUGGUAGCAAAGAGUCUGUCCUCAAGUCCGUUGAAGCAGCAGCACGACGAGCUGGACGGCAGAGGUGCAGCUGCGGCCGCUCACUUCCUGGAACUGGAGGAGAGAGACUUCGGAGAACUGACUGAGCUUCCAGAGAGCUCCCAUCACUGUGGAGGAGGCAUGAAGCACGCCGUGUCGGUGAUGUCUUUCCACGUCGACCUGGGACCCUCCAUGCUCGGCGACAUCCUGGGGGUGAUGGAAAAAGAGGAUGACGACCUUGGCUACGAGGAGGGCAAGAGCAGCGAGGGCCGUGCGUCACCACCCCUCAGCACACAUGGCGAGGAUGAGGACAGUGUGGUGAAGGGGCAAGACGAGGAUACAGAGGAGCAGAUGGAGGAAGAGGCAGAGCUGCAGAACUCCGUGCAACAACCCAGCUCUAUUGACAGGCAGCCUGAGGACGGAGGGCCCUACACCCCGCAGUACACCCCCGAGACGCGGCCCAAACACUUGCAGCAUCUAGACAGCUGCUCCGUGUCCAGCUCCGGUUCUGCUGCCCUGGAUGAGAAACCAAACAGUCAGACCUAUGCAGGAGAUACAGACAGCGCCACCUUCAGUGCCCCGCCAGAGGAGGAGAGCAACUUCUCCUCCUUCCUGGAGGAUGAAGAUGACGAGAUCCGCGUAUGAGAUUUCAAAGCUGAUGAAAAAGUAGGACAGAGCUCUGGGAGGGGUUUAGGUGAAACUACCAAGUCCUUUGACAGCGUGGAGUAACACUUGGAAGACACUGUAGCCAUCCACUGUAGGAAUGGGACUGUGAAUGAGAAUUUGUUACUGAGAAAGCUUACUUUGAGCAUCUGUGAAGUCAGUGUGGCUGCUCCUGCAGGAUGGGCCAAACUCCAUCUGUCAGAGAGCUCUACCCUCCACUGUGUGUCAAUCCAUCUCUCCCUGUUGAACACUCAGAGAAGUGACAUGGAAGAGCAGCCGCUUUUUUGAAUAGAGAACAUUCCAGAUGUGCGCAGGGAGGAACGGGUUAGAAAGGAACUUUUUUGUAAGAAAAACACUUUCCAUAACUAAACCUCUGUUUACACGCUCUCUCUUUUCUUAUUUGACUUGCGUGUGCUUUUUCUCUCUCUCUCUCUCUGUCUCUCAUUCGCUCUGCUCUCCCUUGUGGCUGUGUUUUCUCUCUCUGGCUGUGGGACAUCAUGAGGCCUAAGCCGAACAGAAGGUCUCUGUCAACACAGGACCACUGGUGGGUGUCUUGUCACAGUAAAAGAGUGCUGUGUUCUUCACUGGAGUGUGAAGUCCGGCCUUGAGCCUCUUUCAUUUUGAGAAAAAUAUUAUACUGAAGUACCACUGAUCUGUCAAUUGUCUCCCUUAUGUAACAUCAGGGUACUUGCGACGCUGCACAAACGCUGCCAUUUCCUGCUGCAAACCAAGACCACAGAGCCCAAACCCCAAACUCUCUUCUGUUUUUAAUCCAGUGUGAGCGCCACACAGACUUGUACUCGGUGUAAAUUAAAGAACACAGGGCCGUAAAAACUUAUGGAGAUACAUCAGCGUGAUUUAACUGUUUAAAGGGUGGUGUUACUACACAAAGCUGGAGGGGUGUGGAGUCAUGUGUCGCACAUUGAAGACAGGCUCCUCUCCUGUCAAUGAGAUUUCCUGGAAUUGGCACGACAUGACUAGCUUCCUUUGAUUGAUCUGUCGAACUGACACUGAAAACCACUUCCUUCCUUGUUUUUUUUUAAUACAUCGGAACAGCUGCAGCAUUGCAACUGAAUUACGUUAAAGAUUAUAAUCCUCUAUAACCCCGGGGGUGCCUUUAUGCCUUUAUGUGUAAAAACAGUUUCCAAAAAUACUUCAGGGUUUAGGGUUUGUACUGAUUGGGAAAAAAAUGAAAUAAUGCACCAACAGGCACUAUUACACCACACACUACGUUUGUACGUGUCUAAUACCUGGUGAUGUUUUUUUUGCUAUGUCUGAGAAAUAUUUGCUAUAUGUGUUUUUGAAGAUUGGAUGAGAAAGAAGACAUGAGACAAGACAUUUUAGAAGACUUGCUAUUCUGAUGUAAGUUGCAUUGUCAUUGCAGCUUGACUGUAUCUCUUGCGUCAUGAAAAAAAAAAGAUGCAGUGGCCAGAAGUAUUGAGGGUCAGUGGUGAUGAUUGAUGUCUCUGCCUUAACUGAAGCUGACAUGUGCCAAAUGAUUAAUUUUCUCGCCAAAAAAAAAAAAAAAAGAUUCAGUGGUGAAGCUCGCUUUCUGGGAGAGCCCAUCACACCCGUCUGUCGCCUCCCUCUAUGUUUGGAUAAUCAGUGUGGAGUUCAGCUCGAGUUCAGCUUGCAGGUUUUAAAAAAAAAAAAGAGAGGAAAUAAAUAGUGUUUUAAGAUGUGCUAUCAUGCAGAAAAGGAAAACAAAUGAACUUGCAUAACUGGAUAUUUAUAUUGCCAAUCGCUCACACACUACAUAAUAUAUUCAGGUAAUUUCCAGAGUAAAUCUUGCGCGAAUGGGAAGUUGUCUGUGUUGCUUUGUUCUGUAUAAUGUAUAUUCUGCCUUACUGUUGUUUUCUCCUACAGUAUAUUUACAGCCUUUUUUCUGUAUUAUCCAAAAUAACCUAUAUUUUUCAAUAAAAUAAAGUCUGAACAUAUUUUA